AUGGGGGACAAGGUGUCUACAUCUUCCCGGGAGUCGUCCGGGAUGAGUUUACAGCCGGCAUCUCAGCCCGCUUCUCAGGAGUCAAGUGCCCACGAAGUGACGGGCACUGAUCCGCCAACUUCAGGCAAAAAACACAGGAAGAGGAAGUAUGAGGCCUAUGACGCUCUUGCCAAUACAAUGGCUUCUCUGGUGAAAGAGGUUUCAUCUUUGGCAUCUAGCCAGCAGUGGAUGAUGCAGCAACUCACUGAGCGACACACAGUCCCAUCAGGGCACUCUGGAGAAACAUUUUCAUCUCUGCAGCUGAUUUCCCAGACUGCUGAUGCUGACGCAGAGCUCCUAUCAGUGAUGGCAUCUGAUAACCUGAAUGACUUUGCCAGGGAAAUGACAUCUGUAUGGGAGCACCCGGAGGUAGCUAACCCGCCUAUGAGACAGUGGGCGCAGUUUGCCAACAUCCAGGGAGCGGAUGAGGAAGUAGUAGAGGAGCUAAGAAAGGUCUCUGAGAUCCUGGUGCACCUCGCCAGGGGCGCGGCGCACUCCAGUGGAAGAUCCAUUGCAUCACUGUGGAUGGCACGAAGACACCUGUGGCUGGCUCAGUCAAAGCUUCCUGAGCCGGACAGAAACACACUCAUGAAGCUGCCUCUUACCCCUGGUUUCACCUUUGCCGCCGCCCUGGGAAUCUUGCUAGGCCUCGACAGCGUGGCGGCCACAGACCUCGCGCUGCUCAUCCGGCCGCUCCGCAGCCCUCUUCCUGGCAUUCAAGGGGCUCAUCCUCAUGCCUUCUCCCACACUCAGAUACUGGUGUGGGAAACGUGUUCUCCCGGUUCUUGGGUACUUUCAACAAUAAAGUUUGGUUAUCGGCUGCAGUUCAGGCGCCGUCCACCCAUAUUCAACGGCGUUUGGGUCUCUCAGAAGCCAGACCCAAAGUGGCAGCUGGCCCUCCAAGAGGAGAUAAACACUCCGUUAAUGAAAGGGGCAAUAAGAGAGGUAAAUCACAGCGAGCGGCUGAGUGGCUUUUAUUCGAGCUAUUUUCUGGUUCCAAAACGAGAUGGUGGGUUUCGCCCAAUACUGGACCUGAGGCCACUGAACCUUUGCCUACGGCCACUGCGUUUCAAGAUGUUAUCACUGACGCAGAUCCUUCGGUCAAUCCAGGCGGGGGAUUGGUUCACGAGCGUAGACCUCAGAGAUGCCUACUUUCACAUCUCAGUCCACCCCGAUCAUCAACGAUUUCUCCGGUUUGCGCUAAAGGACAGAGCCUUCGAGUUCAAUGUUCUUCCCUUUGGCCUGUCUCUAUCGCCACACACUUUUACAAAGUGCAUGGACGCAGCCUUGAGCCCGCUGCGCCAGAAGGGCAUCAAGGUGCUCAAUUAUUUGGACGACUGGCUGAUAUGUUCGCCGUCGAGACAGCAAGCGGUGCUGGACACAGCGGUGGUGGUAGACCACUUACAGCAGUUGGGCUUGUCUCUCAAUUCAGAGAAGGGCCAGCUGACUCCAUCGCAACAAAUCACCUUCCUCGGAGUAAGGCUGGACUCGGCUGUCAUGUUAGCAGGUCUCUCAGACCAAAGAGUUGUCAAUCUACGGCAGUGCCUCUCACAGUUUCUGGGACAGGGCAGUGUUCGGGCCUACCAGUGUCAAAGGCUUUUGGGCCUAAUGGCUGCUGCUUCCCAGGUGGUGCGCCUUGGCCUUCUACACAUGAGGCCAGUGCAGAACUGGUAUCUGUCCAGGACGCUCCACCCUGUGUUGGACAGGAACAAAUAUGUCACUCUAACACCUGUGUGUUUGAGAGCUCUCCGAUGGUGGAACAUGUCCCGGAAUCUGUACAAAGGUGUGCGGUUAGGCAGAAUCUACCGACGCGAAGUUCUGACCACAGACGCUUCCCUGUCGGGUUGGGGGGCAGUCUGGAAUGGUGUGGGAGCCCGGGGAGUCUGGCAUCCACCAUGGAUCACAGCCCACAUCAAUGUCCUCGAGCUGAGAACAGUAUAUCUCGCUCUCCGUCAUUUCUUACCAGUGCUGCAGAACAAGCAUGUGCUAAUUCGGACGGACAAUAUGUCAGCGAUAGCUUACAUAAAUCGCCAGGGAGGUCUGAGGUCUCAGGCCUUGCACAGUGUAGCCUGGGAACUCCUCCUUUGGGCAGACACCCGUCUUUGCUCGGUCAGAGCAGUCCACUUGCCAGGCCCUCUGAAUUCCGCAGCAGAUCUAUUGUCAAGAGGCAAGUCACACCCAAGUGAAUAGAGACUGCACCCAGCCACAGUAUGUCUGAUUUGGGCUCUUUUUGGGAAGGCACACGUCGAUCUUUUCACCUCAAGGGAGUCCACACACUGCCCACUUUGGUUCUCCUUAAGCCAAGAUGACGCACCUCUAGGUGAGGACGCUCUGGCACACUAAUGGCCCAAGGGCCUUCUGUAUGCCUUCCCCCCCCCUUUCCCUGAUUCCAGCUGUGCUGGAGAAGACAAGGAGGGAGAACCUGGAUGCCCUCAGGCGACUUGGUUUGCAGAAGUUCAGAUCUUCCUUUCAGGCAAACCGUGGCAAAUCCCACUGAGGGAGGAUCUGUUGUCUCAAGCAGGGGGAGGGCUGUGGCACCCGUCACCAUCUGUACUCAAUCUGUGGGUUUGGCCGUUGAGAGGGACGCUCUCCUCGCUCAAGGGUUAUCCGUUGCAGAGACUUUCCUCUGUGCCUGCAUGGCAACUUAAUGUUGUCCUUGAUGCACUGCUGAAGCCUCCAUUCGAGCCCAUUGUGGGCAUUGACCUCAAGUGGCUUUCUCAGAAGGUGGCCUUCUUGCUGGCCAUCACCUCGGCCAAACGCUGGACCCUGGAGGCGGACCACACCUUCCAGAAGCUUAAAGAUGCCUUUUGCUCCGCACCCAUCCUUCGACAACCACAUCCCGAGGAUCCUUUUGAGGUGGAGGUGGACACAUCUGAGGCUGGAGUGGGAGGCAUCCUCAUACAGAGAGACCUGGUCCUCACCGAUCACCGGAACCUCAAAUAUUUGCAAACCGCUAAAAGACUAAAUCUUCGCCAGACCCGCUGGGCUAUGUUCUUCACUCGGUUUAAUUUUGUAGUGACUUACCUUCCAGGACCGAAGAACAUCAAAGCCGAUGCACUCUCCCAGCAGUACGACCUCACGGCAGAGAUGGAUCGCACUGUUCCCUUCCUAGCCCCUUCGAGCUUCACGGCCACCAUCUCUUCGCCUGUAGAAGAAACCCUCCAAGCUGCUAACGAUCAUACAACUCCACCUGCCAGCUGA